AUGUCACAGUUGAAGAAUCAGAUUCCAUUGUUCUUGUUUACAUACAACUUCAACAAGAAGAAGCUUAUACCUGAACUUUUCCAAAGUAAAAUUCAAGAAGUGCUUCCGGAUGAAUUACUGUCUCUUUUUGUUUUUGGCUUUCAGGAGUUUUGCUCAGUGUUGGAUGGUAGUUUUGUUGAAGAUGCCAACCGUCACUUGAUUGAAAUGAAUCAGCUUCUUCAGCUCACCUUGCAGGAAAAAUACAAUCUUACUUCUAGCUUACAGACGGUAUCUAUGCACAUUAUGGGAAGUAUUGCAAUGAUAAUAUUGAGUCCGUUUGCGUCCAAAUUCGCACAAGUAAGAACCGCUACUGGCUCUUGCGGAUAUUACUACCUGAGCUUGAAAGGUGGUGUAGGUACAAGAUUAACGUAUUAUCCCAAUGGGAGACUCGAUAGCUCAAAAUCAGUUGAGCUUUCAUUUGCCGUUCUUCAUUUGAAUGCAUUUGAAGGUGAGUACUACUAUCUUCAGCGUAAUCAAAGCUUACGUGACAUUAUCCGUGCAUUGGACUUUGGCGACGGUUAUGGCUUGAUCAAACCUGAUAAUCACAUUUUCAUUAUGGGUGACUUGAACUAUAGAACUUCAAAAGAUUACCAUUCGAGUAGUCCCGAGAGCCAAGAGUUGUUAUCGCUUCAGGACACAUCAGUUCGCGUUGAUGAAGCAACAUACUGCAAGAAGAUUGAAUCAUUAGUUCUGAAAUAUGAUGAGUUUGCACAAACCAUGCGUAGCGGAGAGGUGUUGCAAAAUUUUGCUGAACCAAAAGUUAGAUUCCCUCCAACUUACAAAUUCCAUGUCAAUACAGCUAUUUUGAACUCAAAAAGAUCACCAUCAUGGUGUGACAGAAUUGUUUAUUUAUCGACGUACGAAGAAAUCGGCGACGAUAGUCUGGGGGUAAAUUUACUUAGAAUGCCGGGCUCAAAACAACUGGAGCAGCUGACAUUAUCGACAACAAAAUCAAAAACGAAAACAAAUACAAAUACAAAUACAAAUAAAAAUAAAAAUCAGAAUACUAAUAAAAAUACAAAAGCAGAGACUACAACUGCAGAUUCGCCACUUGAGUUGCCUCAUGUUAUCCAAUAUACUUCGAUUCCUUCCCUUAUGUUGUCGGAUCAUAGGCCAGUAUAUUUAAACAUCGUGGUUCCAUUCAAUCCGCCACAACUGAUCAUCUCGACUUUAUCUGGAUGCCUACAGAUCUUGCCAUCGGGGUUGACUUUUGAUGAAGGUUUUGAUAAUUUCACGCAAUUGUCACGGCUCGAGAAUAAUGCCCGAGUGAUAAGUGGACCGACUACGAUAUAUUUAAAACCAACGAGGCUCGAUUACAUCAAACAGUCGUUGAUACGCCCUAUUGUUGACUUGAUUAUUGGGUAUGGCCUAUGGACUACAAUGACACGCAAUGGUAGGUUAUGUCUUGGGCUUAUUGCGAUUAUAGCGUGGUUAGCAUAUGCACUAUAG